UGGGAACUACUUCCGGUUCUUGUUUGGGUUUAUGAGCGGACAGAGGUUAAAUGUUUACUGAAGGCUAGAAACGUGUUUCCGGUCUCGGUGUUCUCUUUAGAUCAGUAAACCGUGACCAGACUCCCCGGCGCAGACUCCUCACCAGGCCGCUGCUGCUCGGUGAGCCUCCAGGAGUCUGAGCUCCAGCGGGGAGCGGCAUGCCGGGGGCUGUGCUCCUCAGUGCCCGGGGUGGAGUGGAGGCUGCGCGGGCACUCCGAGUCCCAGCUUCCCUGCGGUGGUCAUGGAGAAACCUGUCCUCAGGACAAACUGACCACCUCGUUAGGACAGCUCGGGUUUCCAGACAGAAGACUAUGUUCUCCGCACGAGUUUGUGCCAUUACAGAUGAAUCAGACACGGUGAAGAGGCUGCAGCUGGAGGUGCCGCAUCCUGAUUUUAGUUUCCGUGCUGGUCAGUGGGUGGACUUUUUCAUUCCCGGUGUGGAGAAAGUGGGUGGCUUUUCUGUGUGCUCCAGCCCCGGCCUUCUGCACAGAGAACGAAUUAUAGAGCUGGCAGUGAAAUACACCCGGCACCCACCUGCACACUGGAUACACACGGAGUGUACAUUGGGCUCUCAUGUGGAAGUGCGAGUUGGGGGGGAUUUUUAUUUCGACCCCUUGCCAUCUGAUCAUGCAGUGGACCUGCUUUUGGUGGCUGGUGGUGUUGGUAUCAACCCGCUUCACUCCAUCCUAACGCACGCUGCAGAUCUACUCCGAGUGCCACGCACGUACACGCCGGGACACACGCACCUCUGUUACAGCGCCAAGGACACAAAGGAGCUGCUGUUCAAAAAUCGCAUCAUUGGUGUUUGUCAAGAAUUUCCAGAAAAAUUCUCCUGCAGCUUCCACGUGACGCGGCAAGAUUCUGAAAUCGAGCCAGAGCUCCAGUCCUACACAACCAGUGGAAGAAUUUCCCAGGAGGUCCUGAGGCCUCACCUCAACUCUGGACGCACGUUGUGUUAUCUGUGUGGACCGCCACCAAUGAUUGAGAGUUUGAGUCAAGACCUGCAAAGUCUUGGCCUGUCUAUGAACCGAAUCCUUUAUGAGAAAUGGUGGUAGAGAUCCAGCCCAUUACAUGUCAGAAAAGACAUUUUAUAUUUAAAAUGUACAAUUUCAUACCUGCCCAACUUUCCCUGUGUAAUGCAGUUUCCUGCUCUACAAACAGCACCUGGUUUAAAUCCUUCACACAUGAUGAUUGUUACUCAGCGAUGCCUUUAUCAUAUCGGGUUAUGUGGGGGGGAACCCAGUAGGUUUUUAUUUCCCGUUAAGUGUUUUAGUACUGGGUUUAAACACAGGCCUGUCUGUCUCUCUUCUCCCCCCCCCCCCCCCCCCCCCCCCAAUUAAAAAAAAUGGCUGCCUGAACAUUUCCUCUUCUGUAAUUUUGUGUGUUUUUUGUUGAGAACAGUAGCUGCACUAAGAAGUGUCAUGUUCACACAUCCUGUUUUAAUAUGGUGACACUCAAGAUCUGUUUUUUCCUGUUUUAAAGGUUUUCCAAAAGUGUUUAGGUGUCUUAUGGACACAUUUUGCAAAUUCCUGUAGUGCUUUCAGAGCAAUUCCACAAAAGCGAGCUGAAUGAUACAAAAUAAAGCUCUGACUCCAAAACUA